AUGGGAGUUGUAAUCUACGAUUUACCGGAUGACAAUGAUAUUUCCUAUUAUUAUUUUCCCGACUAUCAAAAUGGCACAAGAAUUUUCUGGACCUCGAUUAUCGAUUGGUUCGGUGCCAACUUCUUUUUCGGUCUACCAUUCCGAGCAUGGCUUUCAAUCUCUGCCUUGAUUUUACUCUUCAUCCACAUCCUGAUUUUAUCCCGAAAAUCUCUCCGAACUUCCUCGAUCAAUGUGAUCAUGAUAGGUCUAGCUAUAACAGAUAUAACUUUUAUGCUUUUCAAUAUUUUCCGUCACUUUGGUUUCAUUAUUGAUGGCAAUUUUGAUUCAUGCACCCCCGUAGUUCACCUAUAUUCCUUGUAUUUUUUCAUGGGAUUUUCGGCGUUGGCUGAUUUUUCGAGACGAGCUUCUUCAUGGCUUGUAGUUUUUAUGGCGUUGAUUCGAGCAGUUGUUAUCAAAAAGGGAACGAAUCCAAAGUUCAAGAAAUUGCAGAUUUCAAGCUCUGGAUGGAUUUCGGUGUUGGUUGCGAUGUUUAUGGCAACACCGAUUACCACUGUUGAAUGGUUCAGAUAUCAGUUUAAUUAUGUUUCAGAGGAAGAUUACCUAAUAGAGUCAGUUAAUUUCAGGAGAGAUCUUGGAAAUUUUUGUACACAAUUUUCUGGAACAAAAAACACCUGAAUCAUUCCCAAAAACUUCCAGCUGCCUCCCCGAAGACCGUGUCAACAAUUACACCUUCCCCGUCUUCAACAUGUCCGCAAGUGGUUUCUUCGAAGCCUAUUCCGCACUCCCCCUCAAAAUCUAUUAUUUCUCCGAGGCCAUAACUUCAAAAUUCUUGCCCUGCUUCAUUUCACCAAUUCUCACAGCCAUCCUUAUCAAUGAAAUAAACGCGUCACGUCGCAAAAAAAGCACGUGGCGCUCUAAAAACUAUCGUGAGCGAGAUAAUCGAACUACCAAGCUGGUAUCCUUCAUGUCAAUCUCAUUUUUGAUUAUCCAUCUGCCUCAAGGCCUAAUGUAUACUUCGCAGAUAUUUUUCGUCGAACAACUUGGUGUAACUCUUCUUAUGUCGUAUUUCAUGUCAUUUUUCACAACUUUGUAUAUUCUAAAUGCCGCUUCCCAUCUUGUUUUAUGCUUCUAUCUUUCAAAUCAAUAUCGUGCUGUUGUUUUAUACAUUAUUAGAUUACCCUUUGCUAUUUCUAUCCAAGUUCCAACAAUUCAAGUCAAAAAUAGUGUCGGUGCAAUUUCAACAAUCGGAAAUUUCAGUCAAUUCAGAACCAGGACACCAAGUCAAGUCAAUAUAGGGAUCUGA